UAUUGAAAAUUGUCGCAAUUUUUGUUGAAAAAUUGCAUUAAAAUUAAUGUGGUGUUUUCGAUUUAUAUGAAAUUUUGGAAUAUAUUGUGAAUUUUGAAAUGUUAGCAAUAAAAACAAACGACGAGAAUGAGAAUGUCAUUACAGUUGCUGUAAAAGUCGAGGUGUCACAGCUUUUUCAAGUAUCAAAGAAUGAAAAAAUGUUAAUAACAAACUGCAAACUGAAUAGUUCUAUAUCAAAUGGGUUCGUAUGCAAAUGUUCACCCGAUUAUGCUCCAAAUAAUCACGGAAGAUGUAUAGAUACCAAGAUGUGCUACAAAGGACACCAAGGCUUUAGCGAUUGCAACAGGAGAGAUGCAGUGUGUUUACAUAAUUUUGAUAACGAAAUUGGUUAUCAAUGUGAAUGUAGACCAGGAUAUAAGAAGUCCAAAAUAGGAAAAUGUAAUGAAAUUACCGAAUGUGACGAAGGGGAAGUCGGUUUCUUAGAAUGUAAUAUCAAUAAUGCAGUUUGCGUGCGGGAUGUCAGAAGGUAUAAGAGAUACUUUUGUGUCUGUCCGGAGAAUUACGCUACGGAUCGAAGUGGUCGAUGUCUGAAGAAGUAUCAUGGUAUAACGAAUAAGAAGAAUAACGAAAUUAAUAUAAUUAGCGAUAAUGAUCCGUGUCAGAAAGGAAACGUAGGAUACGAAAAGUGCUUAAAGGAAAAUGCAAUUUGUAUUGUUCCAACGAAAAGUAAUUCGUUUUCGUGUCAUUGUCGCCCAAAGCAAAGAAAAAAUUCGAAUGAAACUUGCACAGAUUUGAAUGUUUGCGAGCAUGGAGAACUCGGUUAUAAAGAAAGUACACUGCUAUCCGUUAAAUGUGUAAAAGUUGCAAGUUUGCAAAAAGGUUAUGAAUGUAAAUGUACAGAAGGAGAAACAGUUGAUCCCUCUGGAAGAUGUAUCAAGUUGUAGAUAACCUUUAACUGAAGCAAAUACAUUAUAUUAAUAUA